AGUGGCUCUAGUGAUGAUUACUGUGGCACCAACUGUGACCCAAACUACGGAUCCUGUUCCAAUUCAGGUUCAAAUAGCAAAACCAUCUCACAGAAUGGGCUUUGCGGUGUCCAGGGCGGGGCUACCUGUCUUGGAUCGACUUUUGGACAGUGCUGCAGUAUCAAUGGAGACUGUGGCUCUACUGACGAGUAUUGUGGAAGUAAUUGUGACCCGAAGUAUGGGUCUUGUACUUCGAGCACCACCACUGCAGCGUAG